UUUUCAGCUGAAAAUUUUAGUAGAGAUAGAUGUGACAGUUUACCAUCAAGAAAUCGCUCAUCUAGUGAAUGCAGCAACCAGAGUAUUCGAAUACUACCAAUAUUAUCAACGAACCGCACAAUGAACGUUCACACUACUAAUACUUCUCCUGUUACAUACUCAGCAAGUGAAGAAUCGGUUAGUGUUGAAGAGUCUGAAGAAAGCAUGGGAAUGCCCUAUUUGUUAAGUUCUAGAUCCCCGGAGGGUGUCAUUCCUGAAGAGUAUAUUGAUGAUGCUGUACAUUCUGAAAAACGCAUUGAAAAUAAUGAUAUGAACUCUGUGGCUGCUUUAUCUUUGGGUCCUGGAUGUAAAGUAAACAUGAACCUUAUAAAACAAAAUUGCUCAGCUAAGGUGACAGAUAUUAACAAAAUUAUAUGCGGCAAUAUAGAUGACCAAUUACUGUCCUCUUUUCGAGCCAAUUCCUAUGGGACCAAAUAUGGAAAUGAUUUAUCUAAGGAUGCUAUAGUUAAUCGAGUUAGAGCAUUUUCAGUAGGAUCCAAAAUCAAAAGUACUCGCAUAUGUUCAAAAACAAGUCCUAAAUUGUUUAAUAGUGAUAAUAUUAAACACGAUUUUGGAGAAAGUUCAACGAGAAAGUCGAUCAGUGUUCCUGUUCUUAUUAAUAGAAAUUUACAAGCAGUUGAUCAAAUGGGCGAUUUGAUGGAAAUUGACUUUUCAAAGUCAACUGCUAAAACUGUUAAACAAAAUUUGCAACAAAACAAAUUUGAGUGCCAAAACGCGUCAAAUAUGCUACCACGAAAUUUUAACAUUUCAAAUUCAACAGAAUAUAUUUAUAGAAGUUUAAAAAAUGUUGAUAAUGGAUACUUAGAAAUGAAGCCUAUUACAUUAACUUCGAAUAAUAAUCAAUUAAAUAAUGCAUGUAUAAAUACGCUAAAUCAAGAUAACAUUAAACAAAAAGAUUCAACUGAAACAAUAAUUGAUAUGAUGGAUGCUUCAAUUAAAAAAGUAACUAAUUAUCAGAACCUAGAUGAUAAAAGUGAUGGAAAAUCAUCAAUCUUGAUCAACGAUUCAACACUUUCUUUAAUGUGCAGUAAACUUUGUCCUGACAAAAAUUUUGAAGACAUCAAAUUACACCAUGCAGAUGCUCCUUGUACGAAGCAGGAUCUUUAUUAUGCCAGUUUAGAUCUACCAAAAUGUGGGAAUGAAGUAAAUACUCGAUAUGGAUUCAAGGAAAGCUUAAGCGACUCACACAUUGGGGAGAUUAAAAAUGAAUAUGCUAAGAUAAAUUUUGAUAAACCCGAAACAUCUUGUAACAUAAAAGAAGAAAACAAAUAAGUUUUUAAUAAAAAUAAGUAUAUCUUUAAAGAUAC